CCUUCAGGAUUGGUGACUGUGGACUGCCGUCCGGCUCCGCCUUGCACAGGGACCUGGGGCACAGAUCUCCCCGUGGGAGACAAACUGCUGUUUACAGAAGGUUGCUGGAGCUAAACCUGUGCACCUGCCCAGCAGGAUGCCACAGCUGAGCCUGUCCUGGCUGGGCCUGGGGCCAAGGUCGGUCUCUCCGUGGCUGUUCCUGCUGCUGCUGAUCAGCGCCUCCUGGCUCCUGGCCCGCAUCCUGACCCGGAUCUACGUCUUCUACAACAACUGCUGUCGCCUCCGGUGCUUCUCACAGCCUCCGAGACGGAACUGGUUCUUGGGUCACUUGGGUGUGGCACAGAGCAACGAGGAGGGCAUGCGACUGGUAUCGGAGCUGGCAUACCACUUUCGUGACAUCCAUCUGUGGUGGUUAGGGCCCCUCUACCCCGUGCUGCGGCUCGUGCACCCUAACUUCGUGGCUCCCUUGCUGCAGGCUCCAGCUGCGGCCAUUUGUAAGAACAUGGACUUCUACGACUUCCUGAAGCCGUGGCUGGGGGACGGGCUUCUGCUGAGCUCCGGGGACAAGUGGAACCGCCAUCGCCGCAUGCUGACGCCCGCCUUCCACUUCAACAUCCUGAAGCCCUACGUGAGGAUUUUCAGCAAGAGUGCAAGCAUCAUGCACGCCAAAUGGCAGCGCCUGGCCUCUGAGGGCAGCGCCCGUCUGGACAUGUUUGAGCACAUCAGCCUCAUGACCCUGGACAGUCUGCAGAAAUGCAUCUUCAGCUACGACAGCAACUGUCAGGAGAAACCCAGCGAGUAUAUAGCCGCCAUCUUGGAUCUCAGCGCUCUCACGGUGAAACGGAACCAGCAGAUUCUGCUCUUCCUGGACUUCCUGUACCACCUCACUCCCGACGGGCGGCGCUUCCUCAAGGCCUGUGACCUGGUGCACCGCUUCACAGACGCCGUCAUCCAAGAGCGACGCGGUGCUCUGGCCAGCCAGGGCUCAGACGCCUUCCUCAAGGCCAAGGCCAAGGCCAAGACGUUGGACUUUAUCGACGUGCUCCUGCUGAGCAAGGGGGAAGAUGGAAAGGAGUUGUCUGACAAGGACAUACGGGCAGAGGCGGAUACCUUCAUGUUUGGGGGCCACGACACCACAGCCAGCGGCCUCUCCUGGCUCCUGUACAACCUUGCGAGGCACCCGGAAUACCAGGAGCGCUGCCGGCGAGAGGUGCAGGAGCUCCUGAGAGACCGGGACCCGAAGGACAUUGAAUGGGACGACCUGGCACAGCUGCCCUACAUGACCAUGUGCAUUAAGGAGAGCCUGCGUUUACAUCCUCCCGUCACGGUCAUCUCCCGCCGCUGCACCCAGGAUGUGCCACUCCCGGACGGCCGCGUCAUCCCCAAAGGGAUCGUCUGCGCCAUCAGCAUCUUUGGGAUUCACCACAACCCCUCGGUGUGGCAGGACCCUGAGGUCUACGACCCUUCCCGCUUUGAUCCGGAAAAGGCCCUGCAGAGGUCACCUCUGGCUUUCAUUCCCUUCUCUGCGGGCCCCAGGAACUGCAUCGGGCAGGCGUUCGCCAUGGCCGAGAUGAAGGUGGUGUUGGCGCUCACGCUGCUGCGCUUCCGCAUCCUGCCCGACAGCGCAGAGCCAAGACGCAAGCCAGAGCUCAUCCUGCGCGCCGAGGGUGGCCUGUGGCUGCGGGUGGAGCCGCUGGUGGAGGGACAGUGACCCCCGUGGGAUCACCCUUGAGCCCACCGACCCAGCUACCCUUUGUGCAUUGCUGGAAUAAACAGUGUGCCCACUGCCCAGGGGAGGAAGUGCAUAAGAACAUAGGAGAGCCUGCUAAGCGUUUGCACCCUGCUCUUGCCAGCUGUCCUCCGUAGCUUCUCUUUUGUGGCUGCCCUGAUGCUGCCCAGCGCCCAGUGUAGGGACUGAGCAUGGUGCUGGGUGCACAAGGAAUGCUUGGUUUUAAAGAGGCUGCUGCCAGGUCCUCGCUCAGGACGCCCGGCAACUGUAGAAGAAAACACGCCCUUCCAAGACUGUUCUUUCUGGGUGCUGGAAACCAAGGAUGAGAAUUCUAACCAGUACGUGACUCAUGGGUCUCAGAAGCUCAGAAUGUUCUAGAAAUCAUGAACAACAACCAGCUUCCGAUUCAAACGGCUCAGCCAAUCCCUGGACAGAUAAGUUCCAGAAAGUUAUACACACACAGACUUAGACGUAGCCUCAUCAAAUGGCUGAAAACUGGAGACGAGAGAACAGCCAUCAUGCAGUCUUGAAAUAAAAGGACGUAGACGGGGUGUACUUGCUGGAAGCUUCUUUGAUAACCCAUGUUGUCCCUAAAGGGCUGUGCUUGAUCCUUAGCCCCCAACGUCUCCUUGCUGUGCAACUUGGAGUUGUAGUUCAGUGUGUCGGGAGUGAGUCUGGCCAUGCUCGUCUAGGGGAGAAAUCGUAAGACUAAUUGCUAAUUUCUCACAAGCGCAGCUGUGCCUCUGACAGAGGGCAAGUCGCGAGAACAGGGUCAUCAUAAGGGAUUUAGGAGGAGAGGCCACCAGCUAUGUC